GCAUGGUUAAUAAUAUGUAAGAAGCGAAGAAUUAGGGCAAAUCGCUGAUUUUUAGUUAAGAUCUGGCCAGAUUUUUAACAAGGAAAAGGAACAUGUGGUUAGGAAGCUGAAUUUAGAUCGCCAAUUGCUCAUGCUGAUGGCAUGCCCAAGCCCUUAAUGGAAACAACUAGUCAACUGCUGCAUUAAUGGUAAUGAAAAAUUCAAAAGAAAAUUUGGCAGAUAUGAAUCGGCAGGAGGUAACUUGUAGGCACUGGACAAGGUAGCACUUGAGAGAAUGUGCUUGUGUUUGUGUUCGGAUUGGGCAAGUUUUGGGUUUUAUCCAUUUGGGACCUACAAAGUCCGCAUCUUCUAUGUUUUAGUAUUUUGGGGUUUUGUAUAGCUUUUUGGGUGAGAUCCUCUUGUGGAAUUCCAAGGAGCAGAUUUAUCUUUAUGAAGUGGGUUGAUCUUCACUACCUGUUGCUUUUGCUAUCUGGAAUACGGUGCAAUUCUUCAGAAAGUAAUUGAUGCUAUCUGAGUAUCCAAGCCUUCCUAUUGGCUAUCCUCACUGAAAUUCUGUUUCCUUGACGAGGAAUUGCAAUUGCCACUUGGGUAGGCAUUUUUCAUAGAGAAUUUUGCCUCAAAAGGAUGCUAAUUGGCUCCUUUUGUGAUUUGGGGAAGGAAUGUCUUUGUAAGUGGAAAUUGUAGCAAAGAAAAAGCAAAAGGUGAUGAGAGGACUGAAAGAUGAGGAAAAAUUGUUAAGUCCCAUGUUUCCUAGGCUUCAUGUGAACGAUACAGAGAAAGGAGGGCCAAGGGCACCUCCAAGGAACAAGAUGGCUCUAUAUGAACAGCUUAGUAUUCCUUCUCAAAGGUUUAGUUCCGGAUCGUCAGCUAUGUUGCCUCUUCCACCUAACACUGGAAGUAGCUUGGUUCUUUCAAUGUCCUCAAGCCAUGGUGGUGGCCCUGAAAGGAGUGUUUUUACUCAAUUCUGCAACUCACCCGCACCUUCACAUUCUGAGAGGCCUUAUUCUCAAUCUUGUAGUGGAGUUAAGCUAAGUAAUAAGAUGGAAAGCCAAGAUCAGAAAUCCAUGAGUUCCAGAAAUGAUCAAAGUUUGAAUACCACACAGCCGUUGUCAUCAAGUGCUAAAUGCAAUUCGUUUCAAUCACACAAUUUGUCCAACUUUAAAAGUUUCUCGUUGAAAAAGCUUGGAUAUGAACAUGAUUUUAGGCUUCCCAGCUCUGCCCAGUCAGGAGCAGUUUUAAAUUGUAGCAGCAGUCAACAGAGUAAGGAUCAAGAAAACCGACCUUUCUGGAACUUGAGCUUCUCAAUGCACUUUCAAAAUGUUUCUGAAAAGCAGAAGAAAGUAGCUGGAUCCAUAAACCUAAAGACAAAAGAGGGUAUGUGGAACCAAAAUGACGAGAACACAAAAAUUUCCAAGGCUUAUCCGGAUCCUUUGGAAAGACCUGCUUCAAUCCAAUCAAUUCAGGUUAAACCUUCAAUAGAUGUAUCUUCAAACCCAACAGGCAAAGUUAAGACCACCGAAUCAUUGAAGCGAGCACAUCCUUUGUCAAAUCAGGAACAUAGAAGCAGUUCUGUGGUUGUCUUGAAAAGCUUACAUGGUAAAAAUGUACAAUUCAAUAAAAAAUUUUUGGUGAUGCAAGCAAAAACAAAUUUUAAAGAUAACUUUUUGGUGGAAUCUGCUGGGGUCAUAGGUGAGGAAAAUGCUCCCAAGGUGAGAAGUGAAACAGGUCCUAUGUUAUCACUUGGAGAUGAUAUCAGAAGUCAUAAUGGAAUUGAGACUGGCAACAAAAACCACGAAGACAAGCGACAAGGGUCUUUACAAGUGGGCAAUGUAGAAAAGCAUGAUGAUGUCUUAGAAACUGCUGUGGUAGAUUGUUUAUCUGCUUUGGAUGCAAGUCCUGAUGAUGUUGUCCGUGUAAUGGGUGAGAAACAAUUUUGGAAAGCAAGAAGAACUAUUGUCAAUCAACAAAGAGUGUUCACAGUGCAAGUAUUUGAGUUGCAUAGGAUCAUGAAGGUACAGAAGUUGAUUGCUGGGUCGCUAGAUCUAUUUCUUGAAGAAAAUAUUUAUCUCGGAAAAGCUCCAUCCGAGUCGCGUGUGGGGAAGAAGGUUCCAUCUGAGAAUGCUAUUGAACAGCCAUCACUGAUUGUUGAACCAAAAGACAAUUUUCACGAGCAACAUGCUAGUGCUGAAUUUGCUGAUGAGAAUGCUAUUGGGAAACUUCCUUUCGUCAAUAAUGAAACCGGUAAAGGACUUCUUACCCAGCAAUCAAACUAUGGUUCUCAUUCAGAAGGUGUGCUGCCAGAUCCUCUUGCUACCAAUGCGAAACCAUCUCCAUGGUGUAUCCUACCACCUGGAAAUCAGUGGUUAGUUCCAGUCAUGUCCCCUUCUGAGGGUCUUGUUUACAAGCCCUAUACCGGGCCAUGCCCUCCAACUGCAGGAUUUAUGGCCCCAGUUUAUGGCAACUGUGGUCCUUUGAGUUUAACUGCAGGGAGCGGAGACUUUUUGAACGCAGCUUAUGGUGUUCCAGCUUCUCGCCAACAAGGCAUUGGAAUCCUUACAAGCACCCCUCAUUUGGGACAGACAUACUUUCCACCUUAUGGCAUGCCAGUCAUGACUCCAUCCAUUUCAGGAUCAGCAGUUGAUCAGGUGAGCCCAUUCACCGGACCCCAAUCAAAGGAUAAUCAGUUAUCAGUUGGAGACAUUAACUUCAACCUCCCCCACCAAAGCUCUUGUAAUAUGUCAAGCCAGAGGAGUCAUGUGAUAUCACGUAUUGGGAAAUUUCGAGCAUCGAACGAAAGCGAGUUACAAAGAAGUACAGCAAGUGUUCCCUCAGAGAGGCCCAAAGGAGAUGCCCUUCCGCUUUUUCCUACAGAACCAACAGCUCAAGAAUCAGAUCAAAAUGGUCAAACUGUUGAGCCUCGAACAUGCGUAGUAAAGGUUGUGCCUCACAAUCCUAGAUCAGCAACUGAAUCAGCAGCCCGGAUUUUGAGGUCUAUACAGGAAGAAAGAAAACAGUAUGAUUAGUUUAUGGAAAUUGUAUCCAUUGAGACAUAAAUUUGGAAUUGAAAAUAUUCUUAGUCUCAUCACAUGUACUUCUCUAUCAGUAAUUUUAUCAUACGUAUUAAUGUCAUGUAAAUACAUAUUUAAUGACAGUAGACCAGUACAUCCUCAGGGAAGUUUGCCUUCUAUCCUGGGCCUUGCAAAAUUCCCUAGUCCUGUAAUGUGAAUGCCAGUACCUUACUGAAAGAAAUAACUCCAAUUGAAUCUUAUGACGGGACAUAUUAUUAUGCAUUGCUACAUCA